CUAACAAUCAAAUUUGACAAUCAACAUCGUCUUACGAGAUUUGCUUCCGAUAAAUUUCUAUAAAAUUGGAAUAAAGCUAAUCCACAAUGCCGGUUCCUGGUGGAAUGUAUCAAAACCAGGGGCCUUCGUGCUUCGAUAAAAUGAAGAUGGGCUUCAUGAUCGGUUUUUGCGUAGGUAUGGCCAGUGGUGGUCUGUUUGGAGGAUUCACAGCUUUGAGAUAUGGUGCAAGAGGGCGAGAACUAGUCCACUCUGUGGGAAAAGUAAUGAUUCAAGGAGGUGGAACGUUUGGUACUUUUAUGGCAAUUGGAACUGGCAUCCGAUGUUAAUUUAUUUAUUAAUUCUCUGUAAAUAUCUGAUUAAGAUUAGUUUAUAGUUAUGUGUUCAACAAUAAAAUGUUAUUGAUGGUCUCAAA